AUGACGAUGUCCCCAACUUAUAGCCCCCAGCCCUCAACUCCCGGGCCCCAGUCACCAACUCCCAACUCAAAGUCCCCAACAUAUGGCCUCCAGCCCCUAAAACUCACCUCCCAAGUCACCAACUCCCAACUCCCAGUCCCCAGCUCUCAGCCCCCAGCCCCUAAACCUCAGCCCCCAGCCUCUAAUAUUGAGCCCCCAGUCCCCAACUUAAAGCCCCCAGCCCCCAGCCCUAAAUCCCAGCCCCCAGUCCCCAACUCCCAGCCCCCAACUCUCAGCCCCAAGCCCCCAGCCCUUAAACCUCAGCCCCCAUCCCCUAAUACUAAGCCCCCAGUCCCCAACUUAAAGCCCCAACCCCCACCUCCCAGCCCUAAAUCCGCCCCAACUCCCAACUCCCAGCCCCCAACUCCCAACUCCCAGCCCCCAACUCUCAGCCAUCAGUCCCCAGCCCCUUGUGACGUCAUAUUUCAUUUCCGAUCACCAUGGCAACCAAGAUGUUUUGAAACUUGCCAUCGUCUCAAAGCAUAA